AUGAAACUCUUCCCAGCGCCAAUCGUAAGUGACAAUGAAAUUCGGUACUGCUUCUUCCUGCCUGCUGCAGGGCCAACUCGAACGUCAAGUGAGCUGCUCCAGUCAGCAGAGCAACAGUGCCGAGAACUUCUUUCCUAUGCAGCACAAGAGACGAAGAGAUUUCUGUGGCACAAACAUGCGUUUCACCUCGAGGUGACUCGAACCAGAAACGGGCGUUAUAUUCUGUCGGGGUCCUCGUUGGUUGGCGAUGCGAUCCAAGACGAGUGGGUCGUGGCCAAAUUGGUGUUCGACAUCACCAACAAGUUCCCAGGUGUCGUAGGACGUAUCGUGGACUCUGAUGGAGAGUUGCUGCUCAUUGAAAGUGCCGAAGCGCUGCCUGACUGGGUCAAUCCUGAACACUGCGAUCGCCGGGUGUUUGUGCUCCACGGAAAACUCCACCUUGCACCUCCUGCUCCUGCCAACAGGAGUGGAAAAGAGGGAGAGCUGUUUGACGACGAUGCAUUGGAGCAGGUGCUGGACACCAGUGUGAAGACAAAAGCCAGUGCUGCAGUGCAGCAGCUCAUUCAGCGGAAACUGGACCAAGUGCCGGCCUAUAUGCGCGAAAAUCGUCAAGCAGUGCGGUGUUUGCUACCGGAGAAGGCCGCACGGGUGAUUGCGGUAAAUAAACACCUAGUGGGGCCGGCAGUCGAGGCAUUCUACUAUCGGGAGCCGAAACAGGCUGGUCUCGUGUGUGGCAAGAUGGCGACGUUCAUGCCAGCAGGAGAGGAAGUAGUCGAAGUGAGAGUCACGUUCUCGAGAGCGAUGUUUGCUCAACUCAAGCAACAGACGUUUUUUCCGCCAAAGGUUUUUCUUCGUCGAGACGCACGCUAUCAUGUGAAGGAGAAGGCAAAGGAUGCAGAAGCCGCUGAUCGUGAUGCACAAGCAGGAGACCUUGGCGUCAAACUUGCCUGCGGUCUGGAGUUGCUCUAUAUCGGUGAUAGCGAAGACCAGCUGGGAAAGCCAUGGAAGCAGAUAAUCGAGGAAGCGUUGCAACAAACGGGCGUUGAGCUGUCGACACAGCCAAUUGAGCCAGAUGAUGACGACUCGUGGCUGUACAUACAUCCGGACACGAUGGAAAGUCGACUGGAGCGUGCUGCUCAAACUGGAGAUCCUUCCACUCCAGGUGUCGCUGACGAUCUGCAGCGCAUAACUAGUAUGUUUGGCAAGUUCGUUGACGGGGAGUCUGGUGUGGGAGGUGUGGAUGGAGCCGAACCCGUCCACUUCGACGUGGGCUCGUUCAUGAACAUUUUAAGUGGCCAAAACGUCAAGAGGGAGGGUCACGCAGGCUUGGAUGCACCCUGGGGGGAGCACUUUAUGGACGAAGACGAGCCUAGUCAAAGCGACAGUGAUGAUGGAUCUGUGGGAGGAAACAGUGAUGAGGAUGAUCUGGCGUUCGGAAUGACGGAAUUGGAGGCUGAGCUGGCUGAAACCAAGGUUGCAAAAAGCUUUGGGUGCUUGUACGACGCGGAGACCGAUCAAGGAAACGCCAAGCCAUCGCUGCAACGAGGCGACGCGACGGAUGAUGAGCAAGUAGGCUCUUUGACCUCUUCGUCAGCAAAACCGCUGGACCUGGAUUACAAUUUGCUGUCUAACUUGUUGGAGUCAUUCGCGUCCCAAGAGGGUCAUCCUGGACCCGUCAGCACCAUUCUAAACGAAAUGGGCUUUUCCGAGACAUCACUGUAA